AUGACCACCGCCGUCGCCGCUCCGCCCGUGACUGCGCCUCACGCGCCCUCGCCCUCCGAACAGGGCCCAACCAGCUCCAGAUAUGCCCCAAUUGCGCCGUCUAACGGAAACACUCCUAGCGGAAAGUCCGCUCGGUCCUCGAGUAACCACGGCUCGCCCGUCUCGACUCACAGCGACGGAUCUCACAGAGAGGGGAAGCGCUCCCCCAACUCCUCCAGGAACUCGAAUGCGCCCAAGAUUGUCGUCAAGAAGGAGCCCGACUCGCCCGAAAUGCCUGCUUCGCGCCAUCGCCCGCGCCGCCUCGACCUCUCCCACAACGUGCACUCUUCCGGCGCUCUGAGCGCGCGCCCUGCUGGUCCCAUGACCGCCAAGGAGGGCAGCUUGGCCAUGCAAGACGUCGGUCUCGCGUGCCUGUCUCCGGGAUUUCAGACUCAAGACCCUGCCAUGAGGGAGCAGCUUCAGAGGAGCAUGGACGUCCGGGACAGACAAAGACAGAUCAUCGAGGCGAGGCAGAAGGGCAAGACUGUUACGAUCUCUCACGACGCCGGCGAGGGUUCCAGGCACGCCGAGUCGAACCCGUUCAAGAGUGGUGGCAGAACCCCCGCGUCGUCGCGGAGAAAGGGUCCCCCUCCGGGUCUUUCUAUUGCUCCUCCCUCGGCAGACCGAUUUGCGAAUGAGCGCGUCAUCCAGUCGGCGCCUCUCAACCAAUCCUUCACCGGCAUGAGGGGAUCGCAGUUCCAGUCCCUCUCCAGACAGGUCGCCAACCAGCCUUCCAACCUCUCCCAGACUUCUCACAUCCACCACAUGCCUGCGCAACAGACGGCCAACCGCCUUCCUCCGAUCUCGGAUGUGUUCGCUGGCGAGAGCAUCUCUCAGCCCAGGGAACAAGGCCGCUACAACGGCAGCCCCAGUCACUCUUCGCACUCCAACCAGCCUCUUCCCUCUCCCGGCUUCCCUCCCAGCAACCAGUCAGCCCAGCCCUCCCGCCGCCGGGAGUACAAGUCGGCUGAGGAGGCCGUUCAGUCAAUGUCGGGUGGCCGCGAGGAUCUCCUUCCUCGCAUUGUCCACUACGGCGGCCACCAGCCCCCGACUCCUCCCUCGCCCAUGCCCUCGAAGAACCAGGCCGGUCAGACCGAGAUCAACAGACAAGGCAGCUCGCGCCGCCGGACGCGCGAGGAGUACGAGAGAGAUAUGGGGACUCCGCCGCUCGGCCGCCAGGAGAGGCGCCCGGGGCCCUUCGGUGAAGGCCGGGAUAGCCCCGAGACGCAGAGGAGAAAGAAGGAAGAGUUCAUUCAGCUUUGCGCACGGGCUUGGGAUCUUUUCCACUCUUGA